AUGACAAAAGAAAGUGUGGAUGAAUAUCAGCCUUUGCUUUUUAAAGCUGAAAAAGAUUCAAAGUGGACUAUUAAGUUUCCCAACAAAUCACUACUGCUGGCUGCGUGUGCUGCUUGCAUUGGAGGAACCUUUCAGUAUGGAUAUAACAUUUCUAUCAUCAAUGCACCUACCACGUACGUCCAUAAUUUCAUAAACCAAACCUGGAAGGAGCGUUACCAAAAGGACAUAUCAGAAGAUGUUCUCACUCUACUCUGGUCCACUAUUGUGUCUAUAUUCACCUUAGGAGGACUUAUAGGAGUGUCAAUCGGUGGAGCAUUGUCUGUGAGGCUGGGAAGGAAAGGGACACUGUUGACCAAUAAUAUCUUUGUAUUAGUGGCUGCACUGCUGAUGGGUCUGAGUUACCCUACAGGAUUAUUUGAAUUACUCAUCAUUGGACGUUUCAUCACUGGAAUUAAUGCAGGAAUUGGUAUUUGUGUUCAGCCUCUGUAUUUGGGGGAAAUCGCUCCAACUGCACUUCGUGGCAUGACAGGAAUGGGUACCUCUGUUUUCAUCACUAUUGGGAUCUUGAGUGGACAAGUGAUGGGUCUCACAGAGCUGCUGGGCAGAGAGGAGCACUGGCCUAUUCUGCUCUCCACCACAUGUGUCCCAGCCUUCCUGCAGCUCCUGAUCCUACCUUUCUUCCCAGAGAGCCCACGCUACCUGCUCAUUGACAAAGGAGAUGAGGAGGGUUGUAAAAAAGCCCUGAAGCAACUGCACGGUAUGGCUAGAUAUGACAGUGAACAGGAGGACAUCGAGAAUGAGAGGAACAAUUUGGUCGGGUUCAAACCCAAGAAACCCUGGGAGCUCUUCACUGACAGGAGCGUACGCUUGCAGCUUCUCACCAUCAUUCUUCUCAAUACAGCUCAACAGCUGAAUGGGAUCAAUGCUAUUUACUUCUACACAGACUAUGUGUUCAGACAAGCUGGUAUUCCUGAUGAUAAAAUACCAUAUGCAACUGUCGGCACUGGUGCCUGUGAAUGUCUCACCGCUCUCACCUGUGGUCUGCUCAUUGAAAGUCUGGGAAGGAAAGUGCUCAUCACGGGAGGAUACAUGCUGAUGAGCAUCUGCUGCAUUUUAUUCACUCUGACAAUCACUUUUCAGAAUGCCAGUCCAGUUUUUCCCUACCUGAGCAUGGCCUGUGUUUUUGCCUUUAUCCUGAGUUUUGGCUUAGGCCCAGGUGGCGUGACUAACAUUUUGACAACGGAGCUUUUCACACAAACUUCACGCCCCGCAGCGUACAUGAUUGCAGGAUCAGUGAAUUGGCUCAGCUUCUUCUUCAUCAGUAUGGUCUUCCCUUUUAUAGUGAUCGGGCUGAAGCAGUACUGUUUCCUGGUGUUCUUGGCCGUCUGUGCCCUGGUAGCAACGUACAUUUUCCUUAUUGUACCUGAAACCAAGAACAAAACUUUCCUGGAAAUACAGAAUGUGUUUCAGUCCACAGACAAAAGAAGUGCUGAUGGGACAGGGACAACACUGUUAGCAACCUCUUUAUGA